AAAUUCCUUCUCUGUCUAUAUUAUCUACGUUACUCUAUCUCUUUGUUUCCUGCGUUUAAUCCUGCACUUAGGCCUAAGUGCCUUUGUAUUAUUGACUGCAUCAGCGUUAUCAUUCGGAACACGUCGACCAGUAUCUUACGGAAUUGACUCGAAGCUUGCCGGAGAUGGCCGAGUUGCAUUGUUAUAGCUGACUUCCAUGUACAAUAGUGCGUGAAGGGCGUUGGAGACUUGGGCCAAAUGUUUUGUCCAUGCUGUGGUGAAUGUGCGAAAGAAAGCUGGAAAUAUUGUUUAAAUUGCGGCACGACGUUACCAGUUGUACAAGAUGAAUCAGAUGACGAAGCGACUAUAGCAAUUUCGUCGCUGGACAUUCAAGAUGAGAGCGAAUCCGAGGAUGGGCCGAGCGGAGCAGAAGCUACAACUACUAAUGAAGUUACAGAGGAAUACGAAGAUUACGAGUUGGGAAGUGAUUUUAUUGAUGAUCUUAAAGUGAUAUCGGAUACCGAAACAGAGGAAUACAGACGAAUACUGAAGGAAACGGGAUACACAGCUCUUCGUGAAAAGUUAGAAGAGACAAUCAAUGGGUGGAAAAAAAUCAAAAUAAAUAUUGCUGUCACAGGGGAAUCUGGCACAGGGAAGUCUUCCUUUAUCAAUUCUAUCAGGGGGUUAAUGGCUGAUGACCCUGGGGCAGCUGAAGUUUCCGCCGUCGAAACGACUAUGAAACCCACAGCUUACGACCACCCUGACAAUCCAAAUCUUCAGGUUUGGGAUUUGCCUGGAAUAGGAACGUUAAACUUCACGCGGGAGAACUACUUGCAGGAAGUCGAUUUAAACCGCUUUGACUUUGUUUUGCUCCUGUCGUCGUCGAGGUUUAAGGAAAAUGACAUUUGGCUCGCAAAGGAAAUUUUUAAGUUGAAGCCAAAUUUUAACUUGUUCUUUGUACGAACAAAGAUCGACGAUGAUCUUCGCUCCUCCCAAAAAGGACGACGCAAACUUCAGACUGCGGAAGAUAUGCACGCAUUGCAGCAGGAAGUCAGAGACAAUGCAAGGCUCAAUCUUCUGAAAGGCGAGAUAUCCAAUGCAGAUAUAUAUCUUGUUGACAACCAUGACACAGCAGCUUUUGAUUUUGGUACAAUCUUUUCGAAACUGAUCCAAAAGGUUUCCCGUAUUAAAAGGGAAGCAAUGAUCAUGUCAUUGACUGGGGUCACAAACGAAGUUGUUCAAAGGGAGCUCGCUAUUUUGAAAAGUAGAAUCAGCUUGGUUUCUAAAACCGCUGCAGUGGCGGCCGUCUUUGCAAACACUGGCACGAACAAAUAUCCGGCAGAAAUAGACGUGUUGCUAAAGGAGUGCAGAUUUUAUCGUUCGCAGCUAGGACUCAAUUUAGAAUCGCUUCAAAUCAUCGCAAAUCGUCUUGAAAUUGACUUCGAAAAAUUGCUGGCCAAGUUGGCAAUGAAAUCACACAUAUAUGUAGAUUCCGAGGAUAGGUUUGCCAUGUAUUAUAGGGUGGUUAAAAAAAUUGAACCAAAACUUUGGCAUACACUUCCAAUUAUUGGAGACAUGUUAAAGGUCAAAGCUUACCAAAAGCAAUGCGCUUUUCUUAUGAAAUCAUUCCUUGACAUAUGUGCCAAAGAAACACAUGACCUACAGAUGCACAUGACCAUGGCUUUAGAGGGAUCCGAUAAUUAGAGUCGGUACAGGCGAACCAAACGUCAUUUUCCUUGAACCCGUGUAAAUAAGCGAAACUUCUGCUUGAAAACGUUUGUGUGUAAUUUUAUUUUUACAAAUUCUAACAACAGAUCUGUAAAUGACAUUUGUUAUGUUUGUAAAUGUUUUUAUUGUAAGAAGUGUAUUGUAUUGAUAAUUGUAAAUAUUGCUGAGCUUGGCCCUGCUGUUUCGUUGGCAUACUGAAUAGGUUACUUCUACAAUUUGUGGUAAAGAAACUCAUCACUUUCUUACACUGGAUACACGGCAAUCUUUUGGAUUUCGUCUGUCAGAAAACCAUCUAUUUAUUAUCAGAUCGAUGGUGUCCAUGAGCUAUAUGUCAUGGUUGGAAAAGUAUUAUAUCAGAUAAAACUUGACUGCUUGAGGUCAAAUAACAAUUAAUAUUGUUAACACUUUUGGCGUUUAAAAGUCUUGUUUUGUUUUGUCAUAAAAUAAACUUUCAAAUUUUAUCAAAAUGGUACGCAUGAGUGUAUGCUGAAAUCGUUUCAUUCAAUUUAUAGCACAAAAAAGAAACAUGCCAUAUAAUCAUUUAUAUUUGCUGCUUGCGUUAGAAUGUUGUUUCAUUGCCGGUUGCGUUUUUCUAAAGAAGUUCAUUAUUAUGUGUUUCAUACUUUUUAUCUAUUUCGUUUAAAUGUAUUCAUUUUUGAUUCGUUUAUUACCGUUAUUUAUCUUUUAUAGAACUUCAUUUACGAAAUGUUUGCCAAUACAGCAAUAAGUAAUAUUGUUGUUUAAAUGAAAUGAUUUGCCAAGAUUCGUGUCAAAGUAGUAAAUAAGUUUGAUAAUAAUUAUAACACGAGUCAGGUCAAAUUCGAAUGUAAAUUAGGUCUUAGAAUUAAUUGUAUAAGCAAUUUUUCUGACCAUGUCAUCUUUUCAUCAGGUAUAACAUGUACAGUUUUUUGUGGUUGAUUUUUUGUGAAAAAUAAAAAAAAGGUCGACAGUUUUGUUUAAAGAAUGCUAAAGAAGAAGUCGUUCAUUCGUUCAUGUUCCAGGUGAUUGAUUUGCUCACACUUUAGUUCAUCUUGUUGGCCAGUAAAUAUUUUCCAUUUCCUUUUCCUGUAAACCACAUAACAAGUCGUUAUCACUUACUGAUUAGAACUGAGUCAUACUUAGAUCGAAUGAUUCAGUGUUAAUGUUCAAAGUUUAUUUAAGUAAUUUGUUAAAAUGUUACAAAAUAUGUAAGCAUUUUGUUGUUGAUGUUAAUGAGACGGAACAUGCUUAUCAAUGUAUCUUCUUCUUUGUCCUUCCGCUAUCAAUGUACGUAUUUAACGAUCACUUUUCCGAAUUAAUAUUUCUGAGAAGUCAUAAUAUAUUUUUCGAAACCAGAACUUAUUGGCCGGUUUAGGUACGAUUGUCCUUUUUGUUCAGUAAAAGUUUCAAUUAUUUGUGUGACACUAGCUAAAUAUGCUAUGAACUUCUUGAUUUUGGUUUGUUUGUUUAAAAAGGUAGUAUAAAACAUAGUAUAAGUCCUGCUGGAAACAUGAUAAUUACAAAAUAAUAUACAUGAUAGAGACGGAAUAAAAGUAUAGAAUGAUAGUUAAUACUAUUUAAAGUGUAAAUAUAGUUACCAUUUUGAAUUAAAAACUAUCAUAGAAUCAUCUUAACAGUAUUUUGCUAUUGUAUCGAAUCGAUGUAUUGAGGUACUUUUAUUAUCGAUGCUUGAUUUUUGAAGUAUGAGCAGGAAAUUUUGAUCGGUGAUUAUGUGAAAAGAGGAAUGAUUAAGGAAACCGCAUUGAUUUUAUGAUAUUUUGUCGAACGAUGUCGUGUUAUUGUUCGUAUUCGAUUCACAAGGAAACUCUGUAACUGUAUAAAAACUGUACUUUCUAAUAUUAAUAAUAUCUGUCAUGUGUUUCCGGGCCGGAUAGAAAAUCCCACCCGAGGGCACCUACAUUGCCAGGUAAAGAGGCUUGUCGAGUUACCAGCUUUGUAGCUUGCCCGAGGGUCGGAAUUAAUCUAUCCGGACUUGACACACAUGAUUGAUAUUUUUCUAACAUACAUUAAAUAACAUUUUUGUGAAAAAUAACAUAUGAAAACAUAUUUUGUACAUUUCACCACAAAACACGUGCGAUGAUGUUUACUGACGUCAUGACGCGCAGUUAUUUUCAUUCAUAUUUGGAUCAUGUCAAUUUCAGUGUACACUUAUCAUUCUUAAAAAUAAAAUUUCUUCUCACCUUG